AUGGGCUUCAGGCCACAGAAAACGUCAUCAACGUCAACGUCAGCGUCAACAACGCCAGCCUCCUACAAAGAGAUAAGUUUGUUGUACGAGGAUCAGAAGAUCAAGUCGAACCCUCUGAAGAAUCGAUGUCGGAGGACCAUCAUAUUGAACAAGGAGGGGUCCUCGUGUGGCUUUACCCUUCAGACGUACGCAAUCAAGAACCACAGGAAGAACAGGUCAGAACUGAUCACGUACGUUGAUUAUGUUGAAUAUAAUGGUCCCGCACAUCGAGCUGGUAUGAGGAGAGGGGAUGUGAUCCUAGCGAUAAACAACGAGAACAUUGAGAAUCUGCAGCACGAUCAGCUGGUCCAUCUUGUACAACAUGCCAGCAAUCCUCUCAGGUUCACAUGAUUAUUUUUUUGCCGUUUGGAAUUCCGACGCCAUGCUCAUGCUGGUCCUGGCAGCGAUGAUGAUGGUGAUGGUGGUGGUAGUGAUCCCCGUUUCAACUUGAAAGAGUGAAGAUGAAGGAAUGAAGAAAUGAAAGGAUGGAUGGGUGGAUGGAUGGAUAAGUGAUUAACUGUAUGAAUGAUUAAAUGGAUAGAUGGAUGUAUGGAAGGGGAUUGAUUUGAUAAAAAAAAGUAAAUGAACGAACGAUAGGAUGGAUGAAUGUAAAAUUUAUGGAUUGAUGAAUGGAUAGAGUGGUGAAUGAAUGAACGAGUGAAUGAUUUGGUGGAUUAAUUUAUAUUUAAUUGAAUUAAUAUAAAUAGAUGGAUAGAUGGAUGAUUUGAUAGAAGAAUGAUUGAUUGAAUGAAUGAAUGAACGAAUAAAUGAAUAACGACAAUUAUAACACCUUGUAUUAAUAACGUUAUAAAAAACUUUAUGCAUGCUUACUUAAAUACAUACAUACAAACAUUUAUACAAACAAACAUUCAUGCAUGCAUACAUACAAACAAACAUACAUACAUACAAACAAACAUACAUACAUACACACAAACAUACAUACAAACAUUCAUAUACACAUACAUACGUACGUUAUAUCCAUAUUUUUUUGUUAUCAUGUACGUAUGUGUGUAUAUAUCUAUGUAUCUAUUUAUGUAGAUAAAUGUAAUGUACGUACAUACAAUGUACAUUCCAAUUACAUGUAUGUAUGCAUUAUAUUGAAAACAACAACAACGCAAUAAUACAACACGUUUUCUUUACGUGUA